AUGAAUCGAUAAUAAUUGGAUAAUAUAGUACAUAGGUAGCCAGGAUUAAAUUCCUUCCUUCAAACAUGGUGGUAAUCACAUCUAUUUGGAACAAAAAUUAUCUUAGCCUUUUCAAUAAUUCUUGGAUUAAUUGAUUUAGUUACUCAUUUUGCUUUUAACAUCUUCAGUAAUUCCCCUAGUUCAACAAUACCUUUUUAAAUCUAAAGAUUAUUUUUUGCAAACUUUGUUCAUUGUAUAUAUACAAAUUAUUAUAUUCUCUAGAUUACAGUAUUGAUUUGAUAUUAGCUAUCAUAUGCAUUCAUAGUAAAUUAAAAGACUUUGAAAUGAAACACGGCACAGCCACAUUCAUUAUCAUCAUCACUAUCCUGGGUUUUGUCACUUAAGUAUACAAUAUUAUCAUUUUAGUCAUUAUGCCUUAUUUUGUAAUUUGCCCUUUCCUAUCUAUAUCCUCCUUUCUAUGAAACAUCAGCAUAUAGUCUAUGGAAUUUUACCAUAUUCUUUCAAAUUCAAGAGUAUUUUUUAAAUUAUAUUAUCCAAAGAUGUCUAAUGACGCCUAAUGGAUAAAGUCAAUUCCUGAUUUUUCCAAUGUAACUAAAAAAUCAAUAUUACCCUACUGUGUUUGUCAUUCUCUUUACCUUAAUUUAACAAUCUUUGACCUUUGUUAGUUCAUUCAUAAUUGCCUUUAUUUACUUUUUAUUUUAAGAUAGUUUUUCAUUAUAAGCAGCAGUAUGAAUCAUUUAUUAUUUAAGACUAUCGAAUAACUGGAAAAAGUAAUAGUUUUUAGACCUUUUAUAGAGCGAAUAGAUUUUAGAAGAAUUUCUGAUUACUAGGAUUAAUUAGAGCCCAGUGUUGAUUCCAGAGAAUAACCAUAUCUUUAAACUCCUCCGGCUAAGUAAGAUUUAUUAAAAAAUUUCAUUUAAUAGACUAACUAUGGAAGGAUGUGCUCCUUUUCCACCUUCUCUUGUAUUAUAAGAAUUGCAAAAAUAAUUGAAUGUUUAAGAUAUUCCAAAUCGAGAGGAAGUUUAAGAAGAGGAAGAAUAAAAGCAGGUAGAAUAAAAGUAAGAUUUUUGA